GACGGGCCCCUGGCGCCGUCCGUAGCAGGGCUGCGCGGCCUGGUGCUGGGAUGCACCCGGCGGCGGCAGUUCCCGUGAGCCGCGGCGACUGCGGCGUGCACGGGCAGCAGGCGAGGCCAGCGGGCGCCGUCGGCGGCCGGCCCUGCGGGCCGCGGGAUGAGAAAGCGGAUCGAGCCCGUCGCCUUGGAGCAUGAGCGCUGCGCCGCCCCGGGCUCGUCCUCCCCCGGCGCGGCCGCCGUGGCGCUGGACGCCGACUGCCGCCUGAAGCAGAACCUGCGCCUGGCGGGCAAGGGGGCGGCCGAGCCGCGCCGCGCCGCCGACGCGGGCAUGAAGCGGGCGCUGGGCAGGCGGAAGGGCCUGUGGUUCCGGUUGAGGAAGAUAUUGCUCUGUGUUCUGGGGCUGUAUGUUGCCAUUCCAUUUCUCAUCAAACUGUGUCCUGGGAUACAGGCCAAACUGAUUUUCUUGAAUUUCGUAAGGGUUCCCUAUUUCAUUGACUUGAAAAAGCCACAGGAUCAAGGUUUGAAUCACACCUGUAACUACUACCUCCAGCCAGAGGAGGACGUGACCAUUGGAGUCUGGCACACUGUCCCAGCCGUCUGGUGGAAGAACGCCCAGGGGAAGGAUCAGCUGUGGUACGAGGAUACCUUGGCUUCCAGCCACCCUGUCAUCCUGUACCUGCACGGGAACGCGGGCACCAGAGGAGGCGACCACCGGGUGGAGCUUUACAAGGUGCUGAGCUCCCUUGGUUACCACGUGGUCACUUUUGACUACAGAGGCUGGGGCGACUCCGCAGGAACGCCGUCAGAGCGGGGCAUGACAUACGACGCGCUCCAUGUGUUUGACUGGAUCAAAGCGCGGAGCGGAGACAGCCCCGUGUAUAUUUGGGGCCACUCCCUGGGCACGGGAGUGGCCACGAAUCUGGUGCGGCGCCUCUGUGAGCGAGAGACGCCGCCGGACGCCCUGGUCCUGGAGUCCCCCUUCACCAACAUCCGCGAGGAGGCAAAGAGCCAUCCAUUCUCAGUGAUAUAUCGAUACUUCCCUGGGUUUGACUGGUUCUUCCUGGACCCUAUUACAAGCAGUGGGAUUAAAUUUGCAAAUGAUGAAAACGUGAAGCACAUCUCCUGCUCCCUGCUCAUCCUGCAUGCCGAGGACGACCCGGUCGUGCCCUUCCGGCUCGGCAGGAAGCUCUAUAACAUUGCUGCACCAUCUCGAAGCUUCCGAGACUUCAAAGUCCAGUUUAUCCCCUUUCACUCAGACCUCGGCUACAGGCACAAGUACAUCUACAAGAGCCCCGAGCUACCACGGAUACUGAGGGAGUUCCUGGGGAAGUCAGAACCCGAGCAGCAGCACUGAGCCUCGCGGUCUGAAGGCACACGAGGACCCCCGCCCUCCGCCCUUUCCCUCCGCGAGCCCAGCGCCCUGGAGCCCAGGGGACUCGGACGCCAGCCGGGUGAGACGGAGGAGACCCAGCAGCCCUGGUGCACGGAGGCACACGGCCCUCUCCCCCUCGGGCUGCCACUCAGCCCGCACUCUUGGAGGACAGUGAGACGGGGCCAGCGGCCAGCUGCUCAGUCCCAUGCUGCCGAGCUGAGCCUGGGGGCACCAGGGCAGGAGGCGUGGGGUCUUGGGACCACACUGAACUUCCUGGCACCAGCUGCAGGCUGUGAGGAGACUUGGGCCUCUCUGCCCCUUCCCGGCCCGUGCCGAGUGGGCUGGUGGUUCCGUCGCCCCUCCACGCUGCGAACCCCGCUUGCCCACUCUGCUGCCGCUUCCCUGCGCGGCCCACCGCUUACAGCCGGGGAGGUGCCUGCACUUCCUCCCUCCCUGCCCUCCGGCCCACCCUGCCUGGCCUCAGACGGAGUGUUUAUUUAAGAAUAAAGCUGUGGUGGUGGUCUGCU